GGGGUACGCGCUGAAGACCGGCACGCGCAGGCGCACCAGCCGCGAGAGGGGCGUGCCGGAUGCUCUUUCCUACUUCCGGGCUGUCAGCUGUCUCCAGGACGCGGGUCACAGUCGCAGGUGACCUUUUCCCCAGUCUCAGGGGCGGGUGGCAGGCAACAUGGAGGAGGAGACAAGUAGUGAGCAGGCUGUGACCGAGACAGCUCCCUUUCCCCGGACAGGAGCUGAGAGCAAGGCUCCUCAGGUUCCUCGAGAGGAAGAGGGUCAGCUUCUGUAUCGCGAGGAAACCAUUGAUCUUGGUGGAGAUGAGUUUGGGUCUGAGGAGAAUGAGACCAUCUCAGAAGACUCCAGCCACCUCCCAGAUAAGCUUAGCGAGCACAUGAUGGAGAGCGUGUUUAUCUCGGACUCCCCCAAUAACAGCGAAGACGAUGGGGGUGAGCUUGGCUGUUUGCGGGACGUUGCGGAGCCUCUACGAAGCACCGCUGAUCACAGACUGGACGGUGUCGCAGGCAAAGAAGAGAUGGAUGUUCUGAGUCACGACAGUGAAACGGAUGCAGACGACACCCCCCAAGACGUGUCGGACAUGACAUCAGACAGCAGAGCGUCUUUGAAAGAAGACUCCACCCAGGAGGAAGCUAAGGGGCUCCCUGCCUUUGAUGAUGCCAGCGCAGGGGACAUGGUGUCCAGGGAGGAAAAAGCCCCCCUGGAAAAGCAGGCAUCCGACGUGUCUUCCAGUCAGUCCUCUUCCAGAGACGAGCCAGUGCCUGUGUGCACCAUCUUCAGCCAGGCCAGUCCAACUCCAACGCAGCCUCCGCUGUUCCUACAGGAUGGCUUUGAGUCCCAGAUGGUGAAGUCCCCAAGCUUCAGCAGCGCAAGUGAGACAUCCUCAAAGACCCCUCCGCAGGUGGUCCAGCCCAGCCCCAGCCUGAGUAAAUUCUUUGGAGAUACGAUCAACACCAACUCCUUGGCCUCGGACUUCUUUGAUUCCUUCACCACCUCUACCUUCAUCUCUGUCAGUAACCCCAAUGCAGGCACCCCAGUUCCAGGAGAGCUGUCUUCCCACACUACACCUGUGGGAGAAAUGUCCCCCGAUUCGGCCAACCCGUCUUACUCUGCACAGAUGGAAAGAUCAGAAUUGGGGGUUUCCGCAGCUUCUCUAGAAAUCCCCGAGUCUCCGAAACCAUUUGCACAGAUACAAACAGUGUUUGCAGGGAGUGAUGACCCGUUUGCCACAGCCUUGAGCAUGAGUGAAAUGGACCGAAGGAAUGAUGCCUGGCUUCCCAGCCAGGGGACCAGAGAUGUCCUUAUCUCAGUAGCAACCCAACAGUACAGCACUGUGUUUGUAGACAAGGACAACCUCACCAUGCCAGGCCUCAAGUUUGACAACAUUCAGGGAGAUGCUGUCAAAGACCUGAUGCUUCGAUUCCUGGGCGAGAAGGCUGCAGCCAAGAGGCAGGUGCUGACGGCCAGCUCGGUGGAGCAGUCUUUCGUGGGGCUGAGGCAGCUCAUCAACUGCAGGAACUGGAGGGCAGCGGUCGACCUGUGUGGACGCCUCCUCACAGCCCACGGUCAGGGCUACGGCAAGAGCGGGCUGCCCACCAGCCACACGACAGACUCGCUGCAGCUCUGGUUUGUAAGGCUGGCACUGCUAGUGAAGUUGGGCCUCUUCCAGAAUGCCGAGAUGGAAUUUGAGCCCUUCGGGAAUCUGGACCAGCCAGACCUGUACUAUGAGUACUACCCACAUGUGUACCCUGGCCGCAGGGGCUCCAUGGUACCCUUCUCCAUGCGCAUCCUGCAUGCAGAGCUGCAGCAGUACCUGGGCAACCCUCAGGAAUCGCUGGACAGACUGCACGGGGUCAGGACUGUCUGCAGCCAGAUUCUGGUGAACCUAGAACAGGGCCUGGCCGAAGAUGGGGGCCUGAGCAGUGUGACCCUGGAGAGCAGGCAAGCCUCCAUGCAGCUGUGGCGGGCGCGCCUGGGCCGGGUGCUGUACUCCACGGCCAACUGCCUGCUCCUCAUGAAGGAAUACGUGCUGGCCGUGGACGCCUACCGCGCCGUCAUUCAGUACUAUCCCGACCAGGAGCCACAGCUGCUGAGCGGCAUUGGCCGCAUCCUCCUACAGAUUGGAGACAUAAAAACAGCCGAGAAGUAUUUCCAAGAUGUUGAGAAAGUCACACAGAAACUGGAUGGGCUGCAGGGUAAAAUCAUGAUUCUGAUGAACAGGGCCUUCCUGCACCUUGGCCAGAACAACUUUUCGGAAGCCAACCGGUUCUUCACGGAGAUCCUGAGGCUGGACCCCACCAAUGCAGUGGCCAACAACAAUGCUGCUGUGUGCCUGCUCUACCUGGGCAAGCUCAAGGACUCGCUGCGACAGCUGGAGGCCAUGGUGCGGCAGGACCCGAGGUGCGCCCUGCACGAGAGCGUGCUCUUCAACCUCACCACCAUGUACGAGUUGGAGUCCUCGCGCAGCAUGCAGAAGAAGCAGGCCCUGCUCGAGGCCGUGGCCAGCAAGGAGGGUGACAGCUUCAACACGCAGUGCCUCAAGCUGGCCUAGCCAGGUCUGCGUCUGGGCUGCUGGGACCAAUAAAGUCCAUUCCUUUGGUGCCAGA